UCUGCACCUUCCCUUUUCCCAAUCACAUAAUAGGGAAACCACGAGAUCGGAGAGAAACAAAAUCUUCUUCGUCAACCCGACCCAUCGGAUUACUUCCGCAUCGAAUAGGGUAACCCGGAACCUCUGCAAAGAAUCAACAAUGUCAGGCGCCUUAAUUGUUGGACAUUCAAGCUCUUGGGCACGCGCGUUGGUUCAUAUCUCUCCCUACACAUUCUCCGCCAUCGGAAUCGCCAUCUCUAUCGGCGUCUCAGUCCUCGGCGCCGCCUGGGGGAUUUAUAUAACUGGAAGUAGUUUGAUUGGUGCUGCGAUUAAAGCUCCUCGCAUUACUUCUAAAAAUCUCAUCAGCGUGAUCUUUUGUGAGGCUGUUGCAAUAUACGGUGUUAUUGUUGCAAUUAUUCUACAAACCAAAUUGGAGAGUGUUCCCAAUUCUCAACUAUAUGACCCAGAGUCUCUUAGAGCUGGAUAUGCAAUUUUUGCAUCUGGGAUCAUUGUGGGCUUUGCAAAUCUUGUCUGCGGGUUGUGUGUAGGAGUAAUUGGUAGCAGCUGUGCACUAUCUGAUGCUCAAAACUCCUCACUUUUUGUGAAAAUUCUUGUGAUAGAGAUCUUUGGUAGUGCGCUUGGCUUGUUUGGAGUGAUUGUGGGAAUUAUUAUGUCAGCUCAAGCAACAUGGCCUGCUAAAGUGUAAUUGUUGUUCUAACAGGAACAUGAAAAAUCAAUUACGACGGAGUGCAAUAUAUUUAUAUUUAUACCAAACUGUGUAUUUUAUUCUUUUUAUUUCUUGGUAGCCUUGUAAAAACUUAUGUCGAAAUGAGAAUGCUGCCUUUUUCUAGAUUGUAAUACUCUGAUUUGUGUAGCUGAGAAAUAAGAUCUCCGGGAAAGAACAGCGUCGGUUUGAUUUGAAGAAUUGGUAUUUAAUGUUCCUCUGUUUGCUUGGUUGCA